AUGGCGACGCGUGGCACCAAUCAUAGCACGGUUGAAGGUCAGUUUGAGUGACAGGCCGACCCCCAACAGCGCUUCACCUCGGCACCUAACGUCGUUUUUAUCAAGUUAAAUGAGUUUGCAGUUUCGGAAUCAAGUCCAGGUAGUGUAAACAAGUAGUGCAGAGGUAUGUCCGAUAAACUGUUACAUAGCCUUCACGCUACUUCACAGUGAACUCUUGGAGAGCACUAACACGCAAAGUUGUCACUCUUCAUGUCCGGGCCAAGAGGAACUGAGUCCUUACAGUGUGUUUCAUGGAAAAUAUUCCAGUGGAAUCAGAUUCCACGGCGAACAUGCCAGAGAUGGGUAAAUCACAGUCAGACUGUGAUGAUGGAGAAGUUACAGAUACAAGACAGGAAGAUGUCCUUGAGAAUGAUUUCCUGUCCAUAGAGCAUGGUGUGGAAAACAGGUCAGAGUCAACUGAGGAUGUUACAGUGGACUCAGAUGACAGAUCCUAUUACGUCACAUGGACAGUUUUCAUUGCCCUAGCUGUCCCCAGCGGGAAAGAUGCAGAUUUCCCUGAAGCUCCUGCAAAGACAAAGACAAAGAAAGAUUCAUCUACUGUUUUGGGCACAGCCUAUAAAUGUCAAAGCAGUUAUCAUAUUGAAUACAGAUUGCCAGGUGACACAAAGCCAGUCAACAUGGACCUAAUAGUGUUUGGGCCGGCGGCAAAAAUGUACAAAGAAGAUGAGGUCAAGAUUCUAAGAACUUGGCAUGAAGGAGAUCGGACGUGGGUUGGUUGGACCCAGAAUUUUAACAUCAGAGUCAACAGGGACAUGUUGAUCAGUUUACUUCCUAAUUAUAAGAUCAAGCUCCAGGUAUGGAACAGUAAAGAGAAAUUGUCAAGCCAAGCCCGCUAUGACAGACUUAAAACCUUCAGACUGCCACAGGAUCAGUUUGAAGGUGCGACAGACAUGUGUGGUGGUAUCAAGAUUGUGGUAAACAAACUGAGAACCUUAUGUGAAAUGAAGUCAAAUACAUCCAGAAAGCACAAAAAUGAUAUACUGCACAAUGAGUCAGAGUUUGGCUCUGAAACAGAAAAUAGCUUGGCUCCUCUUACCAAAACAGAAUUUCACAACCCCUCAAUGGAUGCUUUCGAUCUUGAGGCUAUCACAAAAAAAGGCUAUGCCUCAGUUGAAAUCGGUACCAUUUGCUUGAUGGCAGAUGAGACCUCACUGAGUGAAUGCUUCCCAGUCUUUUCAUCUGGUCUAUGUGAGGUCAUGUGCAACAUCUCUCUGGACAGACCCUUAAUAUCUGACCAACUGAAGGCUGAACUCAAUCCACUGGUCAUCACAAUUUUGUCAGCCACCUCAAUGCCUUCAUCCCCAGUCCCAUAUCACAUCCUACAGGAAAAAUGUAUGCCUGUAUAUUGCCAGUACAGGUUCCAGAACUUGAGCAUGCACAGAACAAAGUAUCACAAGCAUGGUACCAACAUCCACUUCAGAGAUGUGAAUGUGAUCCUGACUGGCUUGAUGAAUCCUGAAGAGCUCAGAGAGUUCCUCUCUGGUCCACCUCUGGAGAUAGAAGUUCAUGAUCGUGACAGGAAGUUGGAAGAAACUGUGAAAUCUCCAGCAAUGUUUGGCACAGGGUCAGAAUAUGACAUCGGCAGUAGUGCAGCACCAGGACGAAAGAAGAGAACCAUCAUUAACUCCUAUGGCAUUGCGAGCCUGAACCUCUCUGAGCUGCUGCUUGGGAAGAAUGGCCGAAAGAUGAAUCUACCAAUCAAAUGCUGCCCUCCACCUCCACUGCCGGACAGGGAGCAAAGUGGAUUGAAAAAUAAGAUGACACACACAGCAGCUGGCAGAGAGCCCAUGCCACAAGGCCAUUACUCUGAGGCCAAUUCUCAGCUCAAAGUCGAGGUUGAGAUAGCUCGUUCCCUUAAGAAUGUAGUCUGUGAUGGUCUGUUUGGGCGCAUCAUCUACUUCUUUGAUUCCAACAACUUCUCUGUGAUGACCAAGCUUAGGUCAGAGAUACUCAGAAUCAAUGCGUCAGCUUUCCAUCUGGGCUUACGCUCACUGGAAAAUGUAGAGAAAGCCCUACUGAAUUACAGAAUGAAUUUUGAACACGGUGAGAGCAAAGAUCUGGACUUUGUUUCAGGAUUCCAUGUGCGAGAUAAGAAGACACACAUCUUUGUUCUGGAAGGGCUGAAACAUAAAGCAGUGAAGAGACUUUGGGAGGCUGUUCCUAUGAAGCUAAGUGGGAGUAAGGAGGAGCAGGUGAUAGUCCUCUACAACUCAAAUCUGGGUUUCUUCAAGCGCAUCUAUGACUCAUUAGAUGUGGCCCUGAGACCUAUCCAUAUGUCUGAGUCACUAGAGGCCAUCAUGAGGCAGCCUGUGGUCUAUAUUAGAGGCAUGGUCCCUCAACCCUGCUUCCAAGCUUUGUCAAGGUUAAGACAGCUUUGUGAAGUGAGGCAACUCCAAGAUGUGGUGCAGUACAACCUCUUCCCGUCAGCUGACAUGAUUUUCAGCAUGCGCAGGGUAUGUGGCACAUAUGCUGACCAGCAGGAGAAAAAAGUCAGAGCAGACACUGUGGAUGUGCCCUCUGUGCCUCUCCAGAGGAGAAGACGUGCACUGCUCAACACACACAACAGAGAGUACACGAAGCAGUCGCAGCUCAAACAGUGCACAGACUUUAUUCAGGAGAAUAUUAAGAAGGUGCAGAAGGAAAGUGAGCAGUUACAGAAGCCAGAGGCCGCUGUGGUAAGGAUGGAACAGUCUGCAGCCAGACCAGCCCAUAACUACAGCAUCCAGACCUUCAACUCAAAGGAGGAAGCCAAGGAGCUGCUGCGCAAAGAGAUGGCCCAGGUGCCUGGGUGGAGGUUCACCUACAGUCAGCAGUAUCACAGUGCUACAGUGGAGCCGGGAGAUGUGACUUCUAAACAUGUUUCCAGCACCUCUACGGUUUGGUUCACAAGUAUGAGCAGCGACAAGCCCAAAGUGCACUCUAAACACCCAGACGAGGCUCGUGUGGAGGAACUCAGGAAGCCAUGGAGAGAAAACAUCCUACAUGCCAACAUAUUGAAGCCCACUCUUUCAAGGGACUUCAGGGCCUGGAGCCAGCGCGAUGAGGACUUCCAGCUGUAUAGCAAACCUGCCCCUUUCUUCAGCCCACUUCCUGUCACCAUUCACCUGGCUGGAGAGCGUCUGCGGCAGGAGCAGCUUGAGGCAGCCAGAGCUCAGUACAGUCACUGGCAGAAGAAGCUGCUUCCUGGCGACGGCACCAACCCACCAAGCAACGGCCGCAUGCCAGACUUCAAGUGUCACAUGAGAAGAAACUCAGAGAGAACUCAGGACAUACUGAAAGAUCAGCCCAAGAAGUAUUCACUGAGGAAACCAGGCAUGAUGCUCAAGCCUUUGCCCCAAGUGUCUGUGAUGUUCCUGGGUGACACCAACACAGAGGAGAAGAGUGUGGCUCUGGCUCCAGGCCCCUGCAUGGACUGCAGCUUAAGCAGCAAACACAACUCCAUCAUUAGACACAUCUCUCUGUACAACAAGUACCGCUACAUUGGAUUCAGUAAGCAGCGUUCACCCCUGUACAAGCGGAAGGCCCUGCCUCUGACAGAACAGGAGAGGGAUAUCUUCACAUUUCAGAAGUAUGAGCCCUCCACCAAGACACAGACAUCAGCUGUGGAGCCUUUCGGAAAUAUUGUAGAAGCCAGAACCCACAAAAACUCUACCUUGUAUAUCAAGUAGGUUCAUAGUAUCUUGUGCAAUAAUUAAUUACAGCACUAAAGUUAAUGAGCCGUGAGAAGACAACAGUCAUCAUCAAAAAGUGUCUGGUGUAAUCUCUGGAGCCAUGGUUAUUAAAAUACAGUAACUGAAAUCAUAAAA